AUGAAACUUCCAUGUGGGAUUUUAUUUGUUGGUACUGGUGUUUCGAGCUCGGUACCUUUAUUACAUCACGCAUUAAAUUCAAAAAAUUACAAAUGUUUAUGUAGCUAUGUAGGUAAAAAAGAAAGUCCAUUUGAUAUGAUCAAGAAUACUAGGAAUAAUGUUUCAAUUCUGGUGAGAAUUCCAAAUAAACAAGAGAAGGACAAUGGUGAUGACGAUUGCUAUAAUGUAUUAAUAGAUUUAGGAAAAUCCUUCAGAGAAGCUGCAAUUUCAGUAUUCCCAAGUUAUAAUAUAUCCAGAAUAGAUUCUGUUAUUCUGACUCAUUUUCAUGAUGAUGCAGUUGGGGGAUUUAAUUCAAUAUUGUAUUUUCAACAAAAAAAAGAAUCAUUGGUCCCAAUUUAUAUGAAUGCUGAAACUUUGAAUUUUAUCAAUAUAAGACAUAAUAAAAUUAUAAAUAACCAUGCAUUUGAAGAUAAUUUGAUCAGUUCUAAAGACUUCAAGCGCAGAUACGAAUUAAAUGUUUUUGAUAUUUACAAUGGCAAAACAGAAAAAUGUUUGAAUUCCAAUGAUCUUUCUAAUAUUUUGAAUAAUUUUAAUAGAGAAUCAAAUUUAAAUAGUAAUAAGGAAUUUAAGAAUAUCGAAUUUUCUAUAAAUAAUAUUAAAGUGACAGCAUUCCCAAUGAAUCAUGGUCACUGUAUAUGUAUGGGUUACUGCUUUCAUUUUGAAGAACAAAAUAUUAUUUACAUCUCUGAUUAUACGUUUCCAAUGUUGAAUGUCUCGAUUGAGUUUUUAAAUUCUAUUAAAGGUAGAAAAAAAUCCACACUUAUCUUGGAUUCCAUCUCAUAUAAUAAAAUAAGUAAUGCUCAUGCAAAUAUCUCUCAAUCUUUGGAGUUUAUUAAAGAAUUCUCACCAGAAUAUGUUUAUUUUAUUGGUAUGACAUGUUCUGUUGAACACAAUGAAACAAAUAAAAUGUUACAUAAUGAAUUAAUCAAUCUAAAGAGCGAGGGUAAAUGCAUUAACACAAUUUCCAUUGAAUUAGCAUAUGAUGGUUUAUUCUUACCUAUAUAA